GGGAAUUUCACAGAAGUAUAAACCCAGGUAUAAACAAACCGUGCUGUUGUAGUUGUUUGGUGCCCACCUAAUUUUUUGCAGAUUAAUUUCAUUUUUUAAUAAACUAGAAUGGAAACAAAGCAAAAAAUAUUGAUUGUAGGUGAUGUAUGCGGAAAGCUAAAAUCGUUUUUUUCGCGCGUGGAAACACUUAACAAAAAAACCGGUCCAUUCGAUUUAGUGUUGUGUGUCGGUAGCUUUUUUGGAAAGUCGCCAGAAGUGGCGGAAUUAAAUGAUUAUAAAACCGGGAAGAAAAAUGUUCCGGUUCCUACGUACAUUCUGGGUCCUAACGAUGAGGCAUCUGCAAAGUUUUACUCGAAUACACAGGAUGGAGAUAUUUGUGAAAAUUUGAGCUAUCUUGGCAAGCGCGGGAUUUACAGUACGUCUACUGGACUAAAGAUCGCCUAUGUCAGCGGAACGGAAGCCGACAAUGAAAGCGGCAAGAAAGUUCCCGAAUGGAAAUUUACCAAAGAUGAUGUUGUGGCAGUCAGGGAUUCUUGUUUUGCGAGCAAAAGCAAUAUGGGUGAUUAUCGAGGCGUCGAUGUGCUAUUGACAUCCCAGUGGCCGAUCGGAAUAAGGGAACAAGUUAAGCAUGGUUCAAAGCAGAUAGCGUGGUUGGCGAAUGCAAUUAAGCCACGAUAUCAUUUUUGUGGUCAAAAUGGCGAUUAUUUUGAACCUCCACCCUAUAGAAAUAAACCAGACAAAAACACACAAAUGGAGCUCGCUACGCGAUUCAUAGCCCUUGCUGAAUUUGGUAACCAGAAUAAAAAGAAGCACAUCUACGCAUUGAACGUGACUCCAGUAGACAAAAUGCGUAUCAUUGAACUUAUUCAGAAAACCACAGACGAAAUCGUAUCACCCUAUGCAAGCAUGGACUUUGGGGAAGAGCAGAAAGGAUCAAGAGGCAAUCGCGGUGAUCAGUAUUUCUAUGAUAUGAACAAUUAUGACGAUUCUAGAGGAAACAAGAGGCGAAGUCAGGGGAAUCGGAUUAGUGCUAACUUUGACCCGAAACGUCAGAAACCUUCAUUCGAUCAGGAAAAAUGCUGGUUUUGUAUGUCGUCCGGUUCUAUUGAGAAGCACCUUAUUAUUUCUGUAGGAGACCAUUUUUAUCUGGCGCUGGCCAAAGGCCCGAUCAAUGACACCCACAUUUUAAUUCUGUCGAUCACUCACAUCCAAAAUGCUUCUCUUCUAUCACCAGAGCAAUGGUCAGAGUUGAACAAGUUCAAAAGCGCAUUAGCUCAGUUCUUCAAAGACCGCGAAGAGACCAUUUUCCUUUACGAAAGGAACUAUAAAACCGGACAUUUGCAAAUAAACGCAAUAGGAAUUGACAAUAAUGUGGCCUGGAAGAUCAAGCACGUGCUGGAAGAUAAAUCGGAAGAGCACAACCUUACACUAGAAACGGUUGAGUUGGCCGCGUCUCCCGCCGAUAUGCCUCAGAAGACUCCCUACUUUGUGGCGGAACUGCCAGACGGCACAAUGAUGUACACGAAACAAAUGAAACAGUUUCCGCUGCACUUUGGACGGGAGAUCAUUUGUGCGGACAAUUUGCUGAACUGCGAGGAGAAGAUCGAUUGGCGGCAGUGCAACCUGGAAAAGGAGGCGGAGGAAGCCAUGGCAAAGAGUUUUCGCGAAAGUUUCAAACCGUAUGAUUUCACCGUCGUUUGAUCGUUGGUUUGGAUGCCGACAGUAAAAUGAAUUCUAAUAUUUUCAUUAAUUUCGACUUUUUUGUGUAAAAAUGUAAAUUAUCUAUCGAAAUAAAUAAAAUUGCU